AUGACAGCUAUCACGUCACCAUGUCACAAAUUGUAUGGCACUAAUAGUCAACUUGCAGUGAGUAUUGAACAUCGAGAACCUACGAAGGACCGAUCAAACCUACCAGAGUUCAAGAACUUAUAUGCUUGUGACGACUGCUAUAUAAAACACUGUAUUCAAUCAUACAUUUUUAUAUAG